AGACACAAUCGUUCCUUAUGGUGGUUUGUUUUGUUUUGAGCGUCGUCACUCGUUGAACAAGGUUAUGUUGUUCCGUUGACGUUCGAACGACGCACGAGCACCGUUUGUAGUUUGUUGCUUUGAUCGGUUUACGCGCCAACUCUUCUGAACAAUCUUCGUAAGCAGUCACCGGUUUCCGUUGGUUCGAUAAAAUGGGUGUUUGUUUUAUAUGUGAUGCCAAGCUAUAUGGUGAACGCACCCGUGUAUGUUCAAGUAUUACACCUCAUAGUAAUAUACCGUAUCCAGAAAAGAUAGUUGAACUUAUAGGAGAAGAAUUUGUGGUUAUUGUAACUCCAGCCGAUCAUAUGUGCAAAAAAUGUACAUCAUUAUUGAUUCAUAUGGAUAAAUUAGAAAAUGAUCUGAAACUUGUUAGAAAUGCAAUGCUAUCUUAUAUUCAAAAAAAAUAUGGAAUAAUACCACCUGAUCAACCUGUAAAAACUCUUGAUGUGGUUAAUGGACAUUUGAAGACUGAUGAAUUGGAAGCUGGUCAAAGAAAAGUACCUAGUGGCCUGACAGUUAGAGAUUCUCCUGCGCAUCCUUCUAUGCAUUCUCCAUUAAAAAUGUUGAAGACACCACCACCUUCUUCAGAUAAUAGUUCCAAAAUGAAAAUUUAUAAGUGUGGUUUUUGCACAUUUCAGUCUAAAGAACUUGGACAUGUUCGUUUUCAUAUGCGUAGUCAUAUGCAUAAAAAAGAAGCUGAAUCAAAGGUUAACCAAACAGCAGCUGCUAAAACAUUGACUCCAGUAACGCAGCCACAGAAGAAACGUUUAUACAGAUGUCAAGUAUGCUCCAAAUCAUUUGACAGCAGAAUUCAUUGCCUUGAUCAUAUUCAAAAAGACCAUAACCAGUCAUCAACAGCAAGUACAACUGAGGAUAAGGAAAGUGAAGAAAAUCCACCAGAUGUUACCAAAGAAAUUUUCAAACAGGAAGAAUUGAAAGGUGAAGAACUUCAGCAAGCAGAGUCUACUACUAUGGAUAUUGAUGAGAAUCAAGAUAACAAGGGCACAGUGGAUACUAAUAUGCUAUUGAACGAAAAUGUCCCAGGUGAAGGAACUGUGGAAGGCGAACAAGAAGCUGUAAAUGCAGAUGAAGAGAUGCCACAACAAGAAGAAGGAUCUAUUGUUUCUACUCAACAAGAAACUGAUAAUGGUUCUGUACAUGAACAACAAGAAACUGAAACUGAAACUGAAACUGAAACUGAACUCACUCAAAAUGAAAAUGCUUUAGCAACUCAAGAUGAAACUGGUGAAGUAAUUCCAGACAGUGUUGAAAAAGGAGAUGAAGAUGUUGGAAAUGAGGAUACCAAACCAGGCGACUUGGACAUUGAAUCAAUGUUAGCUGCCAUUCAUAAUGACAACCCUCCACCAACUACAGAGGAUGCACAAGAAGACAUGGUUUAGGUUUAAACCAUUUUAUUUUUUCAUGAACCUUAGAUUCUUAUUUAACUCAUAUUAUUUUACUUAUUUAUAAUAUUUAUUUUAAUUAAUUUUGAUAACUUAAAAGUAUAACUGAUAAUGUUAUUUGAGAUUCUGAUUAUUAAUUAAUUUUACUAUUUAUAUCCUAAUGGGUUUUAAAAAUGUAUGUUGAUGAUAAAAAUUAUUUCCAGGGAAAAUGUAUGUGGUAAUAGUUAAAUGAUGUUUGAUCAAUAUGAAAUAGCUAUAAUUGUUUUUAUUUAUUAAAUCAAUUGCAAUCAUACAAAUAAAUUAGAUAUUAAAAUAUACAAAUUAAUGUAUAGCAAUCUCACCAAAACAUCAGGCAUCAUCAAAUAUACAUAUCGCAUUAUAAAAGAUGAAAUAAGCAUUUUUAAUAAAAUAAAUGAUUCAAAAUAUUA